CAGGUAUUUAUAUUAUCCAACUGCCAUAAAGCUACAUUUUUUUUAAAAAAUUGAACCUAACUUCUACUAAAUACAAGAUGAAAAUGUGGUUGCUGGUCAGUCACGUUGUCAUAAUAUCUUUUACAACCUGUCUAGCAGAGUUUACAUGGCACAGAAGGUAUGGUCAUGGAGUGUCUGAGGAAGACAAAGGAUUUGGACCAAUUUUUGAAGAGCAACCAAUCAAUACCAUUUAUCCAGAAGAAUCACUGGAAGGAAAAGUUUCCCUAAACUGUAGAGCCCGGGCCAGCCCUUUCCCAAUUUACAAAUGGAGAAUGAAUAACGGGGAUGUUGACCUGACAAGUGAUCGAUACAGUAUGGUGGGAGGAAACCUUGUUAUCAACAACCCCGACAAGCAGAAAGAUGCUGGAACAUACUACUGUUUGGCAUCGAACAACUAUGGGAUGGUCAGAAGCACUGAAGCAAUCCUGAGCUUUGGAUAUCUUGAUCCUUUCCCACCUGAAGAACGUCCUGAGGUCAGAGUGAAAGAAGGGAAAGGGAUGGUGCUUCUCUGUGACCCUCCAUACCAUUUUCCAGAUGAUCUUAGCUACCGCUGGCUUCUAAAUGAAUUUCCUGUAUUUAUCACCAUGGAUAAACGAAGAUUUGUAUCUCAGACAAAUGGCAACCUCUACAUUGCAAAUGUUGAGGCUUCUGACAAAGGCAAUUAUUCCUGCUUUGUAUCCAGCCCUUCUAUUACAAAGAGUGUGUUCAGCAAAUUUAUCCCACUCAUUCCCAUACCUGAACGAACAACAAAACCAUAUCCUGCUGAUAUUGUAGUGCAGUUCAAGGAUGUAUAUGCAUUGAUGGGCCAAAAUGUGACUUUAGAAUGUUUUGCACUUGGAAAUCCUGUUCCUGACAUCCGAUGGCGGAAGGUCCUAGAACCAAUGCCAAGCACUGCUGAGAUUAGCACCUCAGGGGCUGUCCUCAAGAUCUUCAACAUUCAGCUAGAAGAUGAAGGCAUAUAUGAAUGUGAGGCUGAGAACAUUAAAGGAAAGGAUAAACACCAGGCAAGAAUUUAUGUCCAAGCAUUUCCUGAAUGGGUAGAGCAUAUCAAUGACACAGAGGUUGACAUAGGAAGUGACCUCUACUGGCCUUGUGUGGCCACCGGGAAGCCCAUUCCUACAAUCCGAUGGCUGAAAAAUGGAUAUGCGUAUCAUAAAGGGGAACUGAGAUUGUAUGAUGUGACUUUUGAAAAUGCUGGUAUGUAUCAGUGCAUAGCAGAAAACAGUUAUGGAGUCAUUUACGCAAAUGCUGAGCUAAAGAUCCUGGCUUUGGCUCCAACUUUUGAAUUUAAUCCUAUGAGGAAAAAGAUCCUGGCUGCAAAGGGAGGAAGGGUAAUAAUUGAAUGCAAACCUAAAGCUGCACCUAAACCGAAGUUUUCCUGGAGUAAAGGGACAGAGUGGCUUGUCAACAGCAGCAGAAUACUCAUUUGGGAAGAUGGGAGCUUGGAAAUCAAUAACAUUACAAGGAACGAUGGAGGUAUCUAUACCUGCUUUGCAGAAAACAACAGAGGGAAAGCUAAUAGCUCUGGUACUCUUGUGAUCACAGAUCCCACACGAAUCAUAUUGGCCCCAAUUAACGCUGAUAUCACUGUUGGAGAAAAUGCCACCAUGCAGUGUGCUGCGUCUGUUGACCCAGCCCUGGAUCUCACAUUUGUUUGGUCCUUUAACGGCUAUGUGAUUGAUUUUAACAAAGAGAAUAUUCAUUACCAGAGGAAUUUUAUGCUGGAUGCCAAUGGGGAACUUCUCAUCCGAAAUGCCCAGCUGAAACAUGCCGGACGGUACACGUGCACUGCUCAGACCAUUGUGGACAAUUCUUCAGCUUCAGCUGACCUUGUUGUACGAGGACCCCCAGGUCCUCCAGGUGGUCUGAGAAUAGAAGACAUUAGAGCUACUUCUGUGGCACUUACCUGGAGCCGUGGCUCAGACAAUCAUAGUCCUAUCUCUAAAUAUACUAUACAGAGCAGGACCAUUCUCUCAGAUGACUGGAAAGAUGCAAAAACAGAUCCCCCAAUUAUUGAAGGAAACAUGGAGGCAGCAAAAGCAGUGGAUUUAAUCCCAUGGAUGGAGUAUGAAUUUCGUGUGGUAGCAACCAAUACAUUGGGUAUAGGAGAGCCCAGUAUACCAUCACACAGAAUUAAAACAGAUGGCGCCGCACCAAAUGUGGCUCCUUCAGAUGUAGGAGGCGGGGGUGGAAGCAACAGAGAACUGACAAUUACUUGGGCGCCUUUGUCAAGAGAAUACCAUUAUGGCAACAACUUUGGUUACAUAGUGGCAUUUAAGCCAUUUGAUGGAGAAGAAUGGAAAAAAGUUACAGUUACUAAUCCAGAUACUGGCAGAUAUGUCCAUAAGGAUGAAACCAUGAGCCCUUCCACUGCAUUUCAAGUAAAGGUUAAGGCUUUCAACAAUAAAGGAGAUGGACCCUACAGCCUCAUAGCAGUCAUUAAUUCAGCACAAGAUGCUCCUAGUGAAGCCCCGACAGAAGUAGGUGUCAAAGUCCUAUCGUCUUCGGAGAUAUCAGUUCACUGGAAGCAUGUUUUAGAAAAAAUAGUGGAAAGCUAUCAGAUUCGGUACUGGGCCGCCCAUGACAAGGAGGCAGCUGCACACCGGGUUCAAGUCACCAGUCAAGAGUACUCAGCCAGGCUGGAAAACCUUCUGCCGGACACUCAGUACUUUGUGGAAGUUGGAGCCUGCAAUAGUGCAGGGUGUGGACCCUCAAGUGACGUGAUUGAGACCUUCACCAGGAAAGCACCUCCUAGCCAGCCACCAAGGAUCAUCAGCUCAGUAAGGUCUGGUUCACGCUACAUAAUCACCUGGGACCAUGUUGUUGCACUAUCAAAUGAAUCUACAGUGACAGGCUAUAAGGUACUCUAUAGACCUGAUGGCCAGCAUGAUGGAAAGCUGUACUCAACUCACAAACAUUCCAUAGAAGUCCCCAUCCCUCGAGAUGGGGAGUAUGUGGUAGAGGUUCGAGCACACAGUGAUGGGGGAGAUGGUGUUGUGUCUCAAGUGAAAAUUUCAGGUGCAUCUACCCUGUCUUCAAGUCUCCUUGGCUUACUGCUACCUGCCUUUGGCGUCUUUGUCUACUUCGAGUUCUGAAUGUGGUGUGACAUCUGCUGUUUCCAGCCCAGCUCAGAGGACACCCUUCAGCCUGGGAUGACUAAAAUUCCUUCCAAGUCUUAUGGCUCCAUCUUAAGCCAAAUAAAUUAUACUUAAAAAAACUAUCCAACUGAUUUACAACAUGUUAUGAGUGAGGCAUUCAGGAACCCCUUCAUCCAAAAGAAUAAACUUUCAAAUGAAUAUAAAAUGAUUUUUAACUCGUUCCAGUAUGCCUUAUAAACCACUGAACCUGAUUCUAUGACAGUUGCAUGAUUUAAUCCAAUGGGACAAGUUACAGUGUUCAAUACUAUAGGCUGUAGAAUGAAAGUAAAAAUCACCGUACACAGGUGCUUUAAAUUUAAUAACAAGUUGUGAAAUAUAAUAGAGGUUGAAAUGUUGAUAAUAUGUGGUAAUUGUAAGAGUAAUACAGUCUCUUAUACUGUCCUCUCUGUUUUGGGUCCUGCAUAUUACUGAAUGGCCCCUAUCAUUCAUGACAUUCUGAGUAUUCCUGAAACAAACAAAAUUUUUUAAAAAAUUUGACAUAAAUCCCAUUACCAAAUCAUAUUACUGAAGGGGUUGAAAGACUUCAAAUACUGAAAACCAAAUUCUAGAACUUACUAUCAGUAUUCUUAAUUUUGAAGCAAUUUUAUAAAUAUUUGAUGUUCAGAAUCAGUAAUACUUUUCAGUUAGUUUUCUAAUGGUAAAGUUAACAUACCAUAUAAAGUUUUUUUUUUUACUUUUGUAUUCUCUAAAGUUAUUUUAUGCUUUUAUUAUCAUAAAUAUCAAAUCAUCAAUCCCCAAACCACAGCUUGUAUCUAGAAUAUCAUCACAUUGCUGUAUUUAUUCAUGUGUGGAAUGAUGAAUUUUAAGAAGUCAAGUGCUUCCAUUUUUUUAUUGAGAUGUGACAGUCUUUCUAUAGCUAGGAAUAGAAGACAGCUAAGCAAAUAUUAGAAUUACCUAAUAAUAUUCUAAUAUCUUUGGUUUUGUGCUUCUUCUAAGUAUAAUCUUUCUUUACUGAAGAUAUGGAAUUGAAAAGUUACCUGUAGUUUUAAAAGCCUACAGAAUUCCUUUUUUAAAAAAGUAAUUUUAAGCUCAUUUCCCAUUUCAAUGCAAUACUGAAAACUGGCUAAAAAUACCAAAUCAAUAUGUUGCUAAUAGUACGAUGAAGAAUAUGCAAAACUGGAAGGCCAGGGGGAGACAAGCAAGGUGUCUGUCCAACGGCAUCUCCCAAGUGUUGGUGCUUAGGGUUUUCAGUUGUGAAAAGGAAAAUGCACAUUUCUUCAUUCUCCAUGGUGUGCACGGAAAUGUGUCUGGGUGUGGAUGUGAAAGAACUUGGGUAAUAAAGAAUUAGCUAGCUAGUGAAACAGUGCAAUGUUUGAUGCUUCGUGAGGUAUAAUCCUAUUUUAUUAGCACAACCUUGCUAGCUAAUUAAAGAUAGAGUUUAUCUUUUUAGAAAGGAUACCUUAUAGGUUCAUAAAAAUAUUUACAGGAAGCAAAAUAUAUCUAUUACUACUUUACCCCCUGUCUUUAAUUUGUAUAAUUUUUGUACUAUAUAUCUAUGUGUAAAUGUUUAAAGUCUUCAUUAUGAAAAUAUCAAUAAAUAUUUCAUUAAUUUACAUUUAACUCUGUUAUAAAAUGAGAUUUUUUCAAAUCAGUGAAAUGGAUGAUUUCCCAGUAGAAGUAUGUCAACAGUCAUAAAUUGUUGUCAGAUUUCAUAAAAUAUUUAAUUAUUUGAAAAAGAAACAAAAUGACUUCAUACUUUAGGGAAAUGAAUACUCUGUAAGCCUUCUGUGCAAAUGUUUGUGUUUUAAUUGUUACAUUUUGGGAUUUUCUUUUUGCAGUGUAACCCAUGUUGGGCAUUUUUAUAUAAUCCACAGCUACAUCUUUUGCCAAAUGCAUGCCUGCCUUUUGUUUUCUAAUGUUCAAAUAAAGAGCAAAACUGGUUAGAUUUUGCAUGAGAUGGUUCAGAAAGGUAAGAAGAAAACAGACUUGGGAGGUUGUCUAGUUUUAAAUUUCUGACAGAUAAAAUCUCUCAAACAUGGAUAACAUAAGAUUUUCAUUUUCUCAUACAGUUGUACAAUUUGACUGGGACCAUCAGUUUUCAGCUGCUGUCAAACUAACAGAUAUGUCAUAUGCUUUAAGAUGCAAGAUUCCUAAUUAAACUUUAUAUAGGUAUAGACUCAUCUAUUGUUUCUUUGUACUUCAGGAAAGGUGAUAGUAGUUUUAUUUGAUACUGAUAAAUAUUGAAUUGAUUUUUUAGUUAUUUUUUAAUCAUAUUUUCAAUGGAGUAGUAUAGGACCGUGAUUUGUCCUUUUUAUGAAUGAAUAUAAAUUAUAAAGAAAUAAAUGUCUUACUGUUGCCCAA